CACAGGAAGAGGAACUGUCUGCGCCGGCAGGAGCCUCGCUCCGCACUGCCGGGACGGAUCCCGACUCUUUUAUCUUUGCUGGGACAGCGCCGGCUUGCAAGAGAGAUAACUGCUCCCUGCUCUCUGGGGCGGCAGCUGGAUGAGCUCUGGAUGCAAGGAGGAGGAAAGUUAACAGUAAGUGCAGCAGUAAGAUGAAGCCUCCACCCGGGCAAGGCAUAAGGCUGGCAUACCUUCUCCUGAAUUUUGCUUCCCUCUGCCUUCCUACCCCACUCUGGAAGUACCGGGACUCCCUAAUGCAGGAGGAGAAAGCCCAUCAGACAGGUGGCAAUUUGGUGCUGAGCAGACAGGAACAGCAGCUCAGUACAAAGCUCGUAAACCUCAAGAUGGAGGAGGUUGCAACAGCCAUGACUACGGGACAGUUUCCUCCAAGCAUGCACUUCUUUCGGGCAAAAGGCCUCAUUGAUCGGAGCGUGGUGUUCAGCAUCUUAAAACGCAUGCCGAAAGGUGCUGUCUUACACCUGCAUGACUAUGCCAUCCUGAGCGUGGACUGGCUGGUGUACAAUGCCACCUACCUCCCCGACUGCUACAUCUGCUUCACCCACACGGGCACCGUUCGGUUUCGCUUUUCCAAGCCUCACCCUCCUCACCCAGUGCCAGCCCAGUGCUCCCAGUGGGUUUUGCUGGAGACUUACCGGAAACAGCUGCGCAACGUGACUGAGUUCGAUAGCAGCUUGCUGAGAAACUUGACCCUGGUGACGGAUGCCCCUGAGCUGGCCUACCCUUCUCAGGCUUUCAUUUGGAAAAGAUUUGAAGAAGUCUUUCUCAUUGCCUCUGGACUUAUCUGCUAUGCACCUGUGUUCAAGGCCUAUUUCUACCAGGGGCUGCUGGAGCUCUAUGAAGAUAACGUACAGUAUGUCGAGAUAAGAGCUCUCCUGCCUCCGGUGUAUGAACUGGAUGGCACCCGGCACAAUAAAUCAUGGUCCGUGGCAACCUAUCAGGAAGUGACCAGGCAGUUUGUGAAGGAACACCCUGACUUUCUUGGAGCCAAGAUUAUAUUUACAGCACACAGGAUGCUGAAUGUUUCCCAGAUUAAAGAAGCCAUCGUCACUGCCAUGGCACUCAGAGCCCACUUCCCAGACACCCUGGCGGGCUUCGACCUGGUUGGUGAUGAGGAUGAAGGUCAUUCUUUAUGGGACUUGAAGGAUGCCCUGACUAUCCCAUAUUCCCUGGGGGUCGACUUGCCAUACUUUUUCCAUGCUGGGGAGACUGACUGGCAGGGCACCUCUGUAGACAAUAACGUCCUGGAUGCGUUGCUACUGAAUACCAGCCGGAUUGGCCACGGACUUGCCCUCAUUAAGCACCCAGUAGCCAAAAGUUUGUCUUUGAAGAGGGAUAUUCCUGUAGAAGUCUGUCCCAUCUCCAACCAGGUCCUGAUGUUGGUAGCUGACUUGCGGAGCCACCCCGCAGCCGACCUCAUGGCUGAAGGGCACCCCAUUGUGAUCAGCCCCGAUGAUCCCCCUAUCUUUGGGGCAAAGGGCAUCUCCUAUGACUUCUACGAGGUGUUCAUGGCCAUCGGAGGGAUGAAUGCCGACCUGAGAACCUUAAAACAACUUGCGCUCAACUCCAUAACAUACAGUGCCAUGCUACCGGAUGAGAAGUCCAAGGCCAAAGAGGUCUGGCAGAAAAAAUGGGACCAAUUUGUGGCUGACCUCUCUGAUGGCUUUUUGAGGGAGCUUUAGAGGGGAGGAGUCUCAUCUCAGAAGGCAUAUGUCAAGCCAGAGAGAGCCGGGCUUAUUGCUAAGAGGGAGACUGCUUCUUCCAUGUGACCUGAGCAGAUGCAUGAACCUCAAAGUCUCUCCUGGAAAUGGGCGGAUCUGGUAAACUAGGCUUAAUGGGCUUAAUGCUAAGAAUGAGCUGCGCCAUCCUGUGAAAGUCAUGGACUGGAGGUAAAAUGGAGCAGUGAGCCUUUAUUUCAGCCACAAAAGAACACCCUGCUCAAAAUAGUCAAAACAAUUAAAAACUGCCGAUGACCAAAUCCUGACAUCCUUAUUCAGGAAAAAAAUGCCUUCUAAUUAAGAGUUAGCAGGAGAUUGCCAACAUGAGGAUCUCUGAAUUUCGCCUUAUCGUUACAAAAUGCAGACCUUGUCCGGAAACAGCUAAGACAAACAUCCAACCAUUUGGGCCACUGACCUUCAGGAGAGCAAGGACUGAAAAUGACUCUGGUUAUGUUUAACCCUGGGCCUGCUGCCAAAAUAGCACUGCUAGGUCGAAGAACCAGUCAUAGGUCUGAUGUCUGCUAUUUCAGGACCUACCAUGGCUGGAAACGAGCUGAUGGAACUUGCUCCCAGAACAUUUAAGCCUGGUUGCACAGUGAUCAUAAAGCCAAAAAGAGGUGUCUCAUUUGCCAACAGUUUUUUUCUUGCAAAAUCUUUUCCUGUCCUCUGGUCACAAGGAAGCUAAAUUACUUUUCAUCUGAGAAAAAAGCACCCUGAUCCAGCUUAAUUAAAACUGCCCCCCUGCACUGGGCCAUGUUAACACAAGCCUCUGCUUUUAUAGGAAGGGCCUUUUGAUUUCAGGGAUUUCCUCUGCCAGCCUUUGUCACCUAACUCAGAGUGCAAAUGUGGCCUUAUUCCGCCUGUCAGACAGAUUUUCACCUUGGUGGAGAACUACUCUCACACUGUGGAUGUCCACUAUGUUCACUUGGACCUUUGCAGUGGGACUUUCCAGUUCUUUGGCAAAAAGGUCUUGCAGCAACUACCCAAUAAAUUGUGUCUGAACAAGCAGAUACCCUUGCUUAACAACACCAAAAACAUCAGGAGAAGAACUAGUUGCAGGAAGAUUAAAAAAAAAAAAGAAACCUCAAAAUGCUAAAGAAAUCCAGCAAAAUCCUUCAGCACACAUACCCCAAGUGCUCAGCCAGGAUCAACCAGUGUGUCUCCCUGACUUCAGCCAGCACAAUUAUGCUGGUUUGCAUCAGCCUAGGGAGAAUUUACAAAAGUUCCUGCUGAAAGAUGUCUCCUUCCUCAGAGCCUCAGACCUGCGAGGGCUGUCGUUUCCUGAUCUGACCAGCUCGGGCAAAUUGGCUCUCUUUAUGUUUUCUGCUAAUUGUCCCAAGCUGCCUGGCCGUGGUGUUUAUUUCCACUGACCUUGGUUAAAACACCUUAGUAGGAGGCAAAUAUACUUACUAGAGAAGUGGAUCAAGCUGCUCAGCCCAUGUUAAAUUGCCCACAUUUCACAGGCUGCAACUUCAUCUCUAGUCAUCCCAGGGGAAAAAAACAAAAAAAAACAACACUAAACCACGCUACAAACCCCACAACAAAAAACAAAACCAUAACAAACCAAAGGUGUCUACAUUGCUAAAGCCAGUGACACAAACUGCAAAAAGGGAGAGUCCAGUCACACACCUCACUAACUGAGGGGAUUGAGAGCCCCUUUCGGCCACAGCUGCCUCCUCUCCAGCUCGCUCUCUCUGACCAAACACUUCAGACCUUCCUCCAAAGCACCAGCAGCUGCUCUUUGCCCAGUGGCCUCUCCUGGACCUUGAUGCAGAGUUGGUCCUGGGACGAGCUUUAUACCAGAGGAGGAGCCAGAGUAGAGCCACCUUUCCUCUUCCUCCUCCUCCUCCAUGGUUGUUGCAUACAGACCUCAGUCUAAAGUCCCUGAGAUAGGCUUGGACCACGGUCAGAUUAUAAAUGCUGACUUUGAGACAUUUGGGCCUUAUUUGUAACGCUGCUGAGGAAAACUGCUGCAAAUGCGUGGAAUGGCUGCUAACCAGUGAUGCAAAGCCAUGUCCCUCUGAGCCCCCUCAUCUUUCAGCUUUGCUAUACGUCGAUAGAGGAAGAUCUUUUAUUUGCCAUGAGUUAAGUGAGCCUCUUUGCUGCCAAGGUGAAGCUAAUCAUUACAGAGGCAGUGUAGGAGGAGCCGAGUUCCUCAACACCGUUUGACCCAUGUCCCUUCCUCUUCUGUCUUGGUCUCUAGAGGGCUUUUGGUUACCUGUAGUCUUCCCUCCUCAUUACCCACAUUAGCAGCAGGGUUGGAUCUUCUGUUUGCCAGACACUUGCUGGGACCAGUUUACCUGUUGUGUCCAGUUUGUUCUUGCCUGCCUGGGAAAAGCCUGUUGUGCACUUGGCCAUUUACCUACUUCGCAUCAGGAACAGUGACGUGAUGUGGCCCAGUGUCUGGAGCCACCAGUGAGUGAUGCUGCUCAGGAUUACAGCACAGAAAUCACUGGGGGUUUGAAAUUGUACAGGUCUGAGGUGGUCUUCGGAUGAAGCCCUCAGAAAGGUGAAACUUGACCCUGCAGGGCUAUGCUUGCAUUUGUGACUAGCCUAGUGACUCCAUUUCUGCUGAAGGUACCCAUCUUAGGGUGGGUCAGAGAGCAGAAACUUUCCCAUCCUGAACACGUAUGUUUAAAUGUGACCCUGAACUUCAUGGAGACGCCUGACUCCAUUUGUGCAGACUUCCCUGGAUCCUGCUUGAACAGGGCAUUGCCAUGUGUGGCGACUGCGGCUUCCCAAGAGUCCUCUGGCACUAGAUGGGUUUUAACCAUUUUUAGGACCUUAGAGUCAGACGGGAGGAGGGCCGGCCUGCUUUACUGGUGGGGAUCAACUCUUCCUUAGAGAGUGCCUUAUUUCAGAGAAAGGUGCAAACUGACAAGCACAGACUGCAUCCCCACCUCUCUAACUCUAGGUGUGCAAAGAAGGAGGGGUUUAGGCUGAAUCACAGCCAUUAGAAAAGACCAAUCCUCUGGUCAAAAAGACCAAAUUCAGAUAUCCCCAAAGCUUCAGGUAAAUUUGGCUCUGGGGCUUCACUGAGACUCAGCUGUUAGCAUUCAGGUAACAUUACAAGGAUUUUGCUGCCAGUCCAUUCCCUUUCACUCAGUACUUUGGCUCCCUGCUCACAUUUGUUGGCAAAUACAUUGCAUCUAGUGCUUC